CAAAAUGUUCCUAUGUAACUUUUAGAAACAAUGCUUGUCCAACAGAGGACUCACAGGAUAAUGUUUUUUAUUGAAAUGAUAAAUUUUAAAAUCCGCCGUAAGGUACCUUUUGUCAAUUAUGGUCACAUAUAUAUUUUUAGGUACAAAAAAGAGAAAAGGUAAAUGGACAAUAAUAAUGAAAUAGUAGUAUUACAUAUACAAGGUGGUGAGAAGAAAGCAUCAAAAGAGGUGGUAGAAACAGGAAAAGAGAAAGAAGAGUGUUUAGUGGAGGAAACAGGAAUAGCAGAGAAGGGAGACUCAGAGAAAGGAGAAGAGGUGUUAUUGAAAGAAGGAGAAAGUAGUGAGGUGCCAGAGAUAACAAUAGAGAAGGAGAAAGUAGAUGGAGAAGUACAUGUAGAUAAAGGAGAAGAGAAACUAAGUAAUGAGUUAGACACAAUUACAAAGGAAGAAGUAGAUGUUUUCACUCAAUGUACAAUUGAAGUACCUGUCGGAAACAAUCAGGAAACACCAGUUCCUUCUCAAAGAUCAUCAAAGAAACACAUGUCUUAUCCUUGGUCUUCUCUUUCACGGGAGGAACGCUUAGCAAGAGCAAAGGAACUGAGAAAGAGAUAUAGAGAGAGUGGGGAAGGCUCCUGGGAAGGUUAUGACCCUCAUGUUAUUAACUUUGGAAUACCCCUCCCACAAGACGGCCCUAGGCCUAAAAAAUUGGCAAAUAAUACCAAGUCCUACUGUGAGUUCAACAGAACCACAUCAUGA